GCGACACUCAGCUCAUGUCGCAGUCGAGUGACGUCAGGAACAAUCGACGGCUCUUUAUUGUGUUUACUAGCCGUAUGCCUCAAUUGUGUACAAACAAAUGAUUUUAAUAGUACUUUAUAACGUCAUGGACAGGUCGAUGAUUUAGCGAGAAGAUUCGGUGACUCUUAUAUCAGCCAUAAUGAACAAGGGUUGGCUGGAGUUAGAAAGUGACCCGGGGUUGUUCACACUUUUGGUGGAGGACUUUGGUGUGAAGGGCGUUCAGGUGGAGGAGAUCUAUGACCUGCAGAGCAAAUGUCAUAGCCCUGUAUAUGGCUUCAUCUUUCUCUUUAAAUGGAUCGAGGAGCGAAGAUCUCGGCGAAAAGUCUCCACACUGGUGGAUGAGACCUCUGUUAUCGAUGACGACAUUGUUAAUGACAUGUUUUUUGCACACCAAUUGAUACCAAACUCUUGUGCUACUCACGCCCUCUUAAGUGUACUUUUAAACUGCAGUGACGUUGAAUUGGGAACAACUCUAAGUCGCAUGAAGACUUUCACUAAGGGCUUCAGUCCUGAGAGUAAAGGUUACGCCAUUGGAAACGCCCCAGAGCUUGCGAAAGCCCACAACAGCCAUGCAAGACCGGAGCCACGGCACUUGCCGGAGAAACAGAACGGCAUCAGCGCCGUCCGGACGAUGGAGGCGUUUCACUUCGUCAGUUACGUGCCAAUCAAAGACCGUCUUUUUGAGCUGGACGGGCUAAAGGCGUACCCAAUCGACCAUGGGCCAUGGGGAGAGGAUGAGGAGUGGACCGAUAAAGCCAGGCGGGUCAUAAUGGAGCGAAUAGGACUGGCGACUGCAGGAGAACCCUACCAUGACAUCCGCUUCAAUCUCAUGGCGGUGGUUCCAGAUCGCAGGGUCAAAUACGAGUCCAGGCUUGAUGUCCUGAAGCGGAACAGGCAGAUCAUUCUAGAGGGGCUCCAGCAGGUUAAAGACAAAAAGGUGAUUCGGGUGUCCCAACAAGAAUCAGGUCAAGAUCGUAAGCAACAAGACUCCUCCUCCGAGGACACAUCCCCUGCUGUGAAAAAGGAGGAGCGGCCAGAGACACCGAUAGCUUUGUGUACUGAGCAGGCCCCGGCCACAGAAUCUCAGGAAGGUGCUGCCACUAUAUCAAGUUCUGCUGGAAAAGUAAAAGCUAUGGCUAAACCAUCUGCCCUGCCAACAGGAGGCGCUCCACCACCAGCUCCUCUGCCCGUACCCAGCCCCAACCCCAUUGUUCAGCGUUUGCCAGCCUUCCUGGAUAACCACAACUACGCCAAGUCCCCCAUGCUGGAAGAGGAAGACCUUGCUGCAGGUGUCGGUCGCACACGUGUACCCGGCCCUCCUCAACCCUCUUAUUCUGAUGAGGAGGAUGACUAUGAUGACGAAGUGGAAGAGUGCAGCACUACAGGUGCUUCCAGCAGGUUCCGCAGGAAGGCGGGUCCACGUCCACGUGCACGUGCUGUCGGCCGCAGUGGAGUGGCAGGGGUUACGGCUAUGGAGGGUCAGCUAGCACUUAGUGUUUUAGCUGAGAAACUCAAGAAAGAGGCUAAGAGGAAGGACACCAUAGCAACAGCAGGUUCCGCAGCUCUGAACGUACGCACCGAGGGUCGCACGGGUGGAAUCAGCAUCACUGCAGCCUGCCAGCCAUCACCCACACCCAGUAACGAGAGCACAGAUACGGCCUCUGAGAUUGGGAGCGCGUUCAACUCACCACUACGCUCACCUGCGCGAUCGCAGGCAGCUACGCGUCCCUCCAGCCCUGUGGUGUCCCACUUCACGGGUCGUGUGCUCUUCGGGGAGGAGGAAGGGCUGCUCAGGUUAGACGCCCGACACAAUCGUGCUGUCCGGGACUUGGGGGCACUUGUGAGCUCAACGAUGCUGCUCCUGCACGGGGAUGAAGUCAUGUAUGCUAUGCCACCCACAGAAACAUCCAAUGAGAAAAAAACGGGCAGGGUGCAGAAAAAGGAGAAAGAAAAGGCGACCAGUCCAGGAGUAGGAGAGAAGGAGGUGAAGGAAGGACCCUCAGUGGAGAUCAAACAGGAAGACGUCAAAGAUGCAGUGGACGUCAAACCAGACAAAGAGAACCUGCCAUCCACACAGUCUGACAUAAAUGCCAAACCUGCUGGAGAGAAAUACACUCCCAAAGAGUUACUGGCCCUGCUGAAGUUUGUGGAAGCAGACAUCGGCAACUAUGAGGUGUAUCUUAAAGAAGAAGUGGAGAAAAGGAAGAAGUACAAGAUCGAUGACCAGAGGAGGACUCAUAACUAUGACGAGUUUAUCUGCACCUUCAUAUCAAUGCUGGCACAAGAAGGGAUGUUAGCAAGUCUGGUUGAGCAGAACAUUUCCGUCCGUCGCCGACAGGGCGUGAGCAUCGGCCGCCUCCACAAACAACGCAAACCGGACCGGCGGAAACGUUCGCGACCGUACAAAGCCAGGCGCCAAUGAAAACUCCAAAACCAAACAGCUUUGAACAGUAUCGACAGAUUGCCAACUAGUUCUAGACACUGAACAACAGAAUAAGGUGAUAUAGGACUCAACCUUGUCAAGAUGUUGUCCAGGGACGAACAAAGUUACCAAACACCUCAUAAACAGUGUUUGUGUUAAUACAGAUUCAUACGGUUUCAUUUUGAGAUACUAACUCUCAUGCUUUGAAUCAUUUUCAUUUCAAACUUUGUACUAUAUUAAACAAAAAAAACAACAUUAGUGCUUUGAGUGCUGGGGCUGGACUGAUGCAUGCUCAAAAAUCCAAAGAAUCUUUGUAGCCAGACAUCCCAAGCAUUUCAUCUAGGUAAUAUGUCAAAGUUUUUGCAUUCCUGAUUCCCUCAACAAUGCAAAGAAUGAUUUUCUUACUGAGCAAGAGAUUUACUUGAGCAGCAGAAUGGCAUAAGAUAUUAAGUCUUGUUUUCAGAGAAGCUAUAAUGGCUAUCAAUUCUCAAAAUUUGUUCAUAGGAAUAAGGAACAAAAGAUUGUGGUCUUGAAUGUGGUCUUGUACUGUACGUUUUGGAUAUUUUAAGGCUUGAGUUGGUUCGUGCGUGUGGUUGAUUUUAUACAAAUGAAACUCUUGUGCAAAAUAUCAAUGUCAGAAAAACAGACUGAUCUCAGGAGGUUUGUUUUUGUUGACAAGUCGACCUAUGGGUUUUGUCUGAAGACAUGGUCUGUCAUUCUGUACAUAUGUUUUUGUGUAUCAUCUGAAGUACAUAUAGGGCUUUCAGAUUUCUAGACAUUGAAUAAAUGUUUCAGAUUACACUGGUGGUCUUUGUUUCAUUCUCGUUAUUGGUGGGGCAUUAUGGACUGGAGACCGCAGGGUCAUAACCUGUUGG